UUCAAAACAACUUCCGCAUGUGGGAUGCACAACUUCCCCCAUAUCCAUACAUACCAAUGUUGGUUUUGGGACAUCAAAUAUCUAUCCUCGAUAUCUGUGAGAUAAGUGACCAUAUUUUGACAUAUAUAUGUACACAUUGGCAGGGAAAAUAUACGUAUGAGUUUCAUCUUGGGAAGUAGUAUCAGGAUCACGGGCUGGAGAUAAACACAAGAUGACUUCAACGUCGGAAAUACCAGCGGAAAUACUUGCUGGAGUGAAGCAAGCGCUGGGUAAAAACUAUGAACAUGGCCCGAUUAAACUGGUCAAGAUGAAUAAAGGCACUGAGCAGGAGGACAGAGUUUUGGCUCUCACUCAAUACAGAACCUAUGUGCUACUCUGUGCGGCAAGGACAAGGGUGGAGUUUAAAUUCAAUCACCUUCAGAUUGAUUCAUUGGAGAGUAAUAAACCACUCAAGCUGAAGUUUGGUUUUCCAAAGGAGAGAGACAGAGACAAAUCUCUGAGCUUCACCAUGAAGUCUAUCAACGACACUCUGGAUGUCAUAGAAUUCAUUCUCAAAUCUCUGCAAAGAGUGUUCCCUCUCACAAGCACGGAUAAACUAAUAAGAGAGAUCCACAUGGAGCCACCGGAACGUCGGAGUCACAUAGAGGCGCGGCUCAAUCGUUCGUCGAUGGUGGAGCAGGGACCGUGCGGAGGUUUUAGUCACAUGUAUAGGUUUAUGUGUGACUAUUUUGAUUUGCCUUAUCUUGCUGAAGUUGCCUGGGAUGUCGAUACUAUUUAUCUCUCUCAAGAUUGUAAAGAGUUGAGGAUUAAUGACUUUGAUGAUCUAGAACCAAAACACAUGUUGCCUAUCAUAGCAGUACUAAACUACAACACCUGGUUUACACAUCUCACAGUUGUCAACUACAAACUGACCUCUGAAGCCUUGAAGGAGAUCCCUAAGGUCAUCCGCUCGUCACAUACUCUUGAAAGUCUUACUCUAGAUGGGGUUGGGUUGAAAUGGGAUUUCCUGCAAGAGAUGAGCCUCUCUCUGACGGCGAACAGCCAGUCCAACCUCCGUAGUAUCAACCUCUCCAACAAUCCCGUUGAUGAUAGGGGGAUACGCCAUCUAUGUGGCCCUUUGCAGAAGAUGACCCAUGGACUGGUGGAACUUCGAUUGGUCAAGACUGGCAUGACAGCAGAAGGUGCUUCUCAUCUUGGGAAGGCUCUUGGAGAAAACAACUUCAUUCCUACAACUCUAAAGGUCUUGGAUCUAUCAGGAAAUGCAUUCAAGGAUGCUCAGCAUGGGAAAACAGGAUUAAGAAGGGAAGAUCGAUCCGCCCCAACGUUCAGCAAUUCAACCACAUCCUCUUUAGGUCGCAACCAGGGCAGAACGUCGAGAAUAUCCGCCUCUCUGCUCUCGGGUCUGUCCAAAAAGCGAUCAAGUCGCCGCCGGAGUAGAGGGAGUCUUUUCCUCUCUUCAGUAUCUUUUUGCAGUAUCCAGAACUUGUACAACUUCCUGUACCAGUCCAACGCCAUCACCCACCUGAACCUGGCUGACACAGAUUGUUCCCUGAAUCACAUCUUUGAAGCCCUUCACAAAGGAUGUUUCCUCAGCCUUGUUCAUCUUAACCUGUCAGGAACAUUUGCUCACAGCAAACAUCAUUCGGUAGUGCCAAGACAAGUGAAGAACUUCUUCACCGCAGCUAAAAGCCUCAAGACUAUUAACAUUUCCAGGAAUAGAUGCCCUCCAGCGCUAGUCAAAGAGAUCUUAGAAACCAUUGGUUUCAAUAAGGACUUGAAUAGACUGGAGAUUGAUCUGAGCAGUAAUGAGCUUGGUCAAGAAGGGGCAGAUGCCGUCAGCAGCUGUAUCUCGAUGCUCAACAAUGUCACAACACUCAAUCUCCGUGACAACGGCUUCAACGUUGCCAUGGUAUCAUUGGUUGCCUGGAUGGGACAGAACCAUUCCUUGGAGUGCAUUGACCUCAGUCAAAACAUGAGUCCAAGCAGCAAGAAAGCCGAUAGAGAGAAGGUAGUCGUUGCUCUGGAAGAAAUGAUCCAAAACCCAGACCUGCCUCUGCACACCAUCCUCCUGGCUGGCAACAGGUUCCGUCUGGAGACGCAGCAAUUGAUCAAUGCUUUAGGCAGUAACACCACUCUGCUCUCAGUCGAUCUCAGUGGCAAUGAAAUGAAAGACAUUGGGGCGCGACUGCUUGCCAAAGCCCUUCAGAUCAACAACAAGCUCCAGACAGUGGUCAUUGACAACAACAACAUUGGCCUACAAGGUUUCCAGGACCUUGCUCAAGCCUUGGAGAGGAACUACACCUUGAAGAGGAUGCCGAUCCCAACCACGGAUAUGAUGGCAGCCAUGCAGAAGAACCACGAGAAGCAUGAGAAGACGGAAGCAGCCAUCCAGAAGAUCCAGGAAUGUCUCCAGAGGAACCACAGUCCAAGGAAGUUCUCCAACAAACAAGCGUUCCUCUUACAAAGGGGUUUCCUCUAUACAACAGCUCACCAGAUGGUUGACAAGUUGGUUGUCCACAUAGAAGACAUGGCUACAGAACUGACCCAGAAAUCAGAUGCAGAUCUGCAAGAGAAGAUCAGCACAGCCAGAGGUCUCAUCGAUGAUGCCAACAACUCUAAAAAGAUAUAUGACGUCCUCCAGAACGUAGUUGGACGAUCAGAUGACGAGGAUUUGACUGAGAAACUAAGAGAGAUUGCUUGCCUUAUAGAAUCAGAAAUGGAAGCACGCCUAGAGCGUAAUGCCAAUGGCAUGGUAGACGGGACCAGCCAACUAUGUGGCUAUGUGAUGCAAGAUCGCUGUCUGUAUGAGAAGAUAGAAGAUACAUGUCGGGAGCAUUACAGACUACCUCCACGCUUCGUAGAGGACCUGGUAGAUCAGAUUAGUGCUGAGACUAGCAAUCAAUGCAGUGAAGCUAACCUGGCCAUGGCAUCCUUCAUAUCAGAUUCCAUCUUGGAUGAAAUUAUUGAACAACUCUCAACUGUGGAAGCUGAGCUGUCUGAUGAACUCAAGAAAUUCCGAGAUGAGGUCGCCAACGGGACGACGGUCCGGCAGGUAGAGAGCAUCUUUGAAGAUUCGAGAGAGGAGGAAGAGGAGGAAGAAGAUGACAGUAAAGAGGAGCAGGAGGAGGAGAACGAUGAAGAAAAGACAGAGGAGGGACAGGUUCAAAAUGAGGAGAAGGAGAACGUAGAGAUAAAAAUUGAGGAUGAAGGGUCAGCUGAUGGAAGUGACACCAACGAGGUAGCUCUUCAGAACGGUGGAACCGAGGUAUCAAAAACAGAUGAUGACGCAGGGGCAAGCAGUGGAGGACAGGCUUUGCCUGUAGCAAGUCUACCACAAAUGACCAAGAAACAGAAUAUACGAGUCCAGAGAGCCAAAAGCGUUAAACGACCUGUUUCUGAAUUACCAACUGGAAUCCCUGUGAUACCGAUAGAUAUAGAGGAGGAUAAACCAGAAGAAAGGCCAAGUCUCAGUCCUCUACCAGAUGUACAAUUACCAGACCUUCCAGAUCCUAAUCAGUCAGCAAAAGAAGAGACGGACUCAUCCAAGAGUUUCUCGACACCAAGGAGCAAACCCAAACCAAGCCUACUGAAACCUCCUUCAAAGUCACCAGGUUCCACCCCCAAGCUCGUAGAAUUUGAAAGUGUGUCGAACCAGGCAGCGGCCCCUCUUCGAGAUGUUCGAGCAGAUCGUCCGAGGGUUAGCCGUGCGAUGAGACCGGCCCGUGCCCGACCUGCCCCGCGUCCAUCCGAUCAAAACCCUGAGGGGAUAAUUGAAGAGGAGGAUGAUCUUUCAAAAAUGUGGAGCUCACCUACUGUUCCAGGGUUUGAAACUCAAGAAAGCCCAUCAUCAAGCCCAUCAGGAUCUCAGACUAGUCUAUCUGAAAGUAAGAAGUCAGAGAAGAAAAAUUUCUUGGGAGGCUUGUUUAGGAGAAAGAAGGAUGAGAAGAAGGACAGCAAAAAAGACUCUGACAAGAAAGAUAGUAAGAAAGAUAAGAAGGAAACAAAGAAGGAAAAGAAGGAACGGGAGGAUAGGGAGAAGAAGGAAAAGGAAGAGAGAGAAAGGAAAGAAAAGGAACAAAAGGAGAAGAGCAAGAAGAGCAAGACUCCACUCACACCCACUUCCUACAAAAGUGAGCCAGUAAUUGAUGACAUUGAUAGAGUUAGUAAAGCCGAACCUACCACACCUCGAUUCGACCUAUCCCCUGCUCAGGAUACUCCAUCUGAUGUGGGUGCUGAAAAGGAGAAAACAGACUCAACCGAAGCUCCAUCCAAACAUGACACAACGGAGGAUCAACCAAAAGACAAGAUAGAAGAGCUUACACCUGUUGCGCCACCCAAAAAGGCGCUCCGCCCUGUGACCGGUGUCAGCAUGUUUGGAGCCGAUGUCAUGCAGCAGAUGCAGCAGAGAAGAAUGUUCAAGUCUGCAAAUAAUGAGGAUGUAAAGGAAACUCCUGAGCCAAAGAGUCCAACUACAGCUCCCAAGCCAGCCUUCAGGUCUUCCCCUCCGUCUUCGGAAAAAGUGACCCACAAACCCUUGGUCCUUCCUACUUCCCCAUCAAAAAGUCUUUCCUCACCAAACCCAUCCCCGGCUGCUUCCCCGCUGUCGCCCAAAGCCACUUCACCUGGCCCAACGUCACCAAGACCAGCGUCCACGUCUCCCAAACCAGUUCCUGCUCUCAGGCCCGUUCCCAAGCCAAGAAAGUCUGAACUUCCAACAGGUGCCGACACAAAACCCUUAGUCAAGGAAGUGAAAGAGGAAGAAGAGAAGGGGAAGGGGACAGAAGAGGUUGCAAGGGCAGGAUCGGCAAAGAGUACAUCAGCAGUUGUUCAGGAGAAGACAGAGGCAGAUGCUGCAAAGGUUGACAGCAAAGAACAGCCACCUGCUGCUGAGGAAGACACCAAGCCUCUUGAAGAAGCAGUUGCAGCCAAGAAGACCAAAUCAGAAUCAGAUGAAGAUGCCUCAGCAGAAAAGAAGCAAGUGGAAGAGUCUGUCCAGGACCAAGCAAAGAACAAAGAAGAAGAUAAAAAACUGGAGGACAGCUCAAAGACUUCUGAGGAAAAGGAAGUAGUUGCAAAGGAGAAGCCACAGAAGGUAGAAGAUAGUCCUGCUGUCAGUUUGGAUGGAGACAAGAAUGCUGAAAGUGACAAAACAAAGGGUCCAGAAAGCACUCCUGAGGACUCGCUUGUCAGGACAGGGUCAACAUCCAGUGAGAAAUCUUCUCCGCUGAUCUCAUCAGGGAGUCUGAAGGAUGUGGAGAAAACGACAGAACCUGUUAUUGCACCAAAGAAAGACUCAAUAAAGAGCCCCUCCCUACCCAUAUCGCCAAAGUCAAUAGGUACAGAUGGCUCACCAAAGAGAUUGUCUUCGAAACCCAAGCCUGCUGUACCACUUUCUACUAAACCAAGGCCAGCUUCCAUCUCAAAGAAGCCAGUGCUCCCUCCACCCAAACCAGAUGGCAGCAUAGCCGAUCAUAGGAGGUCUUUGAAACCUGUCACAGCAAGAAAACCUGAAGCAAAAGAAAGAACAUCUCUUAUAGGAUUACACAACUCGGGUCCAAAAGAGAGCAAUGGUGAGAGCACGGAGAGCAUACCACCAAAACCUAGUGAUUUGAAGAGGGCGUCAAAGACGUCCAUCAACGGACAAACUCCCAAGGAAUCCAACAAAACAGCAGUCACACCAGUGGAGGAAGAAAAGGACGAAACGCCAAAGGAGAAAGAGGCCAUCUUUGUUUGAAACACCAGCCUUAUUGAUACUAGUCCAGGGGCAAAAAUAACCAAGGAUUUUGAUUGCCAAUCCAAAGACAACCUGAUCGUUGACACAGUUCUUCACCAGUCUAACUUUGCAAUAUCUGUGGUAGGCACCUUAGCCUCAGCCUCUUUUGGUGAUGU